AUGCGGGAAGCCGUGGUGGAGCAAGAGGUAUCUCGGGUGCACAUGCCUCGCAUAGAUGUGGCAAAACUGGCCGCAGUGCAGCAGCAAUCCAAAGACUCAUCUCGAUCUAGCAUGGCUGCCACCGGACAGGAGACUUUCUUGCCGGUGCCGCUGCCUGGAGUGGAAGCAGCAGAUGCCAUCGACACAGUCUCAGCAACGGUGCAGAUGCCGGCGCCUGACGCAGUAGCCGAGGCAAGCCGCAACGAGCCAUCUGCGGCCGAAGAGGAAGCCGUGGUGGAGCAACAGGCCAGCGGCGAAGCCGACAAGCCUGCACUUGCUGAGGCAGCUGUCACCGGACAGGAGACGGUCUUGCCUGCGCCGCUGCCUGCUGAAGUUGAAGCAGAUGCUGUCGACACGGCAACGGUGGAGAUGCCGGAGCCAGAGACAACAGCCGAGGCCAGCUGCAGUGAGCCAUCUGCGGCCAAAGAGACGCCUGCGAAUGGUCUUGCGAGCCUGCA